AUGCUGGCACGUACUGUCUCGCGCAGCGUGCCCUUCCGGGGUAUCGCACGGCAGUCCUUGAACAGAGCAUCCACGCGUGCGUCUUCUUCCGCCGCCGGUGCCGAAUCCGCCAGCUCCCCCUUCCACCUCACAGUCACUGCGUCCGUCGCAACCGCCGUCGCCGUCGGAUCCGCCGCCUAUCUCUAUGGACAGGAAGCUUUUGCAUCGACCCCUGCUGAAGAAGGGUUGCACCCUACCAACUACCCUUGGGAACAUGCCAAGUGGAACAAGACCUUCGAUCAUGCGGCCCUCCGUCGUGGUUUCCAGGUCUACCGUGAAGUCUGCGCUUCCUGCCACUCCUUGACUCGUGUUCCCUGGCGUUCGUUCGUUGGUGUCAUGCACACCGUCGAUGAGAUGAAGGCCAUGGCUGAGGAGAACGAAUACGACACCGAGCCCAACGACCAGGGCGAGAUCGAGAAGCGUCCCGGAAAGCUGUCGGACUACAUCCCUGCUCCUUACAAGAACGAGGAGGCUGCCCGGGCUGCCAACGGUGGUGCUCUGCCCCCUGAUCUUAGCUUGAUCGUCAAGGGCCGUCACGGUGGCUGCAACUACAUCUUCAGUCUGUUGACUGGUUACCCCGACGAGCCCCCAGCUGGUGCCACUGUCCAGGAGGGCAUGAACUUCAACCCUUACUUCCCUGGAACCGCUAUUGCCAUGGGUCGUGUCCUCUUCGAUGGUGUUGUUGAGUACGAGGACGGCACUCCUGCCACCACCUCCCAGAUGGCUAAGGACGUUGUUGAAUUCCUCAACUGGGCUGCCGAGCCUGAGAUGGACGACCGUAAGAAGAUGGGUGUCAAGGCCAUUGCCCUCCUUACCGGUCUCUUCGCUGUCAGCGUCUGGGUUAAGCGUUACAAGUGGUCUCCGAUCAAGACAAGGAAGAUUGUGUACAGCCCCCCUGUCUCCCGGCGCUGA